AUGUGCUUUUCUUUUAUAGGUUUGUCUACGGGUUUUGAGCAUCUGAAGUUGACCUCUGCUUUAAGCAUUCGCUGCUGCUCCCUCACUGCCUGAAGAGAUGUCUGUCGCUUAUGAUGAUUCCGUUGGAGUGGAAGUGUCCAGCGAUAGCUUCUGGGAGGUUGGGAACUACAAGCGGACCGUGAAGCGGAUAGACGAUGGCCACCGUCUGUGCAGCGACCUCAUGAACUGCCUGCAUGAACGGGCGCGCAUCGAGAAGGCAUACGCACAGCAGCUCACGGAGUGGGCGCGGCGCUGGAGGCAGCUCGUGGAGAAGGGGCCCCAGUAUGGGACGUUGGAGAAGGCCUGGACGGCGGUCAUGUCCGAGGCGGAGAGGGUGAGCGAGCUGCACCUGGAGGUGAAGGCCUCUCUGAUGAAUGAGGACUUCGAGAAGAUCAAGAACUGGCAGAAGGAAGCCUUUCACAAGCAGAUGAUGGGAGGCUUCAAGGAGACCAAAGAAGCCGAGGACGGCUUUCGGAAGGCACAGAAGCCCUGGGCCAAGAAGCUGAAAGAGGUAGAAGCAGCAAAGAAGGCCUACCACGCGGCGUGCAAAGAGGAGAAGUUGGCCACAUCACGAGAAACCAAUAGCAAAGCAGACCCAUCCCUCAACCCUGAACAGCUUAAGAAGUUGCAAGACAAAGUAGAAAAAUGCAAGCAAGACCUUCUGAAGACCAGAGAGAAGUACGAGAAGUCCUUAAAGGAGCUUGACCAGGGCACGCCGCAGUACAUGGAGAACAUGGAACAGGUGUUUGAGCAGUGCCAGCAGUUUGAGGAAAAGCGUCUGCGCUUCUUCCGGGAAGUUCUGCUGGAGGUUCAGAAGCACCUAGACCUGUCAAACGUGGCCAGCUACAAGAACAUUUACCGAGACCUGGAGCAGAGCAUCAAAGCCGCCGAUGCGGUGGAGGACCUGCGGUGGUUCCGAGCCAACCACGGGCCAGGCAUGUCCAUGAACUGGCCACAGUUUGAGGAGUGGUCUGCAGACCUGAAUCGAACUCUCAGCCGGAGAGAGAAGAAGAAGGCUGCUGAUGGUGUCACCCUGACAGGCAUCAACCAGACGGGCGACCAGGCUCUGCAGAACAAGCCCAGCAGUGACCUUAGUGUCCCGAGCAACCCCGCACGGUCAGCGCAGUCAUUGUCCAGCUACAACCCCUUCGAGGAUGAGGACGACACGGGGAGCACCGUCAGUGAGAAGGAGGACAUUAAGGCCAAAAACGUGAGCAGCUUCGAGAAGACCCAGAGCUACCCCACUGACUGGUCCGAUGACGAAUCCAACAACCCGUUCUCCUCCACGGAUGCCAACGGGGACUCAAACCCAUUUGACGAGGACGCCACCUCGGGGACAGAAGUACGGGUCCGGGCGCUUUACGACUACGAGGGGCAGGAGCAGGAUGAGCUGAGCUUCAAGGCGGGGGACGAGCUGACCAAGAUAGAGGACGAGGAUGAACAGGGCUGGUGCAAAGGACGCUUGGACAACGGGCAGGUCGGCCUGUACCCAGCCAAUUACGUCGAGGCGAUCCAGUGACGGGCCAGCCGACUGGCUGGUGGAGAGUGGAGGCAGGGGUCCCAGGAGCUCCGUUGGCCGUCGGCCCCAGGCAGCGGCACUCCAGCAGCAGCCGGCUGCGUGAGCCUCCGCUCCUUUUCCUGUAACAUGAUGGCUCCGUUGCUCUUGGCUUCAUGGUGUCUCUCGGAGGCAGACGAGCUGGUCGUUUCACCUGGGACUCAGCACCUUUCCGCACGCGGUGCAGACGGAGAGGUCUGAUCGCAGGAAGACAGUACAACAGAACUCGCCCCGUCCCCCAUCCUGCUCACUGCGCGUGUUGGCUUAUCGUGGAUCUGUCUAUUCUUGACCUUGUCUUUCCUCCUCUCCUCUGAGUCACUGGUGGGUUCCACUGAUUCUUGUCCCACUGAUCACUUCCUCUGACGAGUCCCGUCACCCGCAACGUAAAUGAACAAACUUACCUGCCAUUUUCUGAGUGAAGACGUCGAGGGUUAUAAUUUAAAGGCUGUGUACAGUUAUACCUUUUAUAGACCUGUUCUUCCAUUCAUUUAUACUUAAAUUAUGGCACAGAUUGAUACCCACCCGUCUUGAGGAAAUCUCUCCGCGCAGCGCUGUUCCUCAGCCGCAGCUCUGAGACGGGCGGUGCUCGAGGCCGGAGAGCGCAGGGGAAGGGUGCGAACGCGUUCGGCCGGGUGUCUGUCGUGAGCGCCCUCCGCAUGCGGGGCACCCGCCGUGAGUUCCAGAAGCAACCUUAGGUAGUACUCCAGAUGUCCCCAUAUUUAAAAACUAUUUUCAUUCUAUUUGUGUUUAAAACUUUAUUCUUGCAAAUUAACAAUUUUAUCAGUGAUUUGAAAGGUUAAAAAGUAAGACGACUAACUUCUCAAACACAUGCAUCUGUGGAGUGAGAUGCUUCCUAUUAGACUGUCGUGUCUUGGUGUAUAUCUGUAUAUAUUAUUUGAUAUUCAGAGAAUCUAAAGAGUCUGUCUACUGUUUUAAUGAGAUUUAAUGGCUUUUGACAGUGGGUUUAAUUUGUAAACUGCUUGAAGACUGUGACAUUCGGGCACAGGCCUGGGGCCUCUCUGGAGUGGAGACCGCUGUGGGGAAGCGCGUCUUCGCCGGCCGGCUGUGGUCCACCUUCUAACCAGCCUUAGUCUUUUCCGUAGUGGACACUGUAAAACCUUCCACGUGCUCCCAGCAGCUGCAGCUCCCAGCCCUCCUGGGUCCUCGCGAGCGCUCAAAGGCUGGGGCUCUCUUUGAGCGGCCUGAGUCCCCAGGAGCGGGUGUGCUGGGCCAGGAGCCACACUGUAAUCACAGGGCGGGGGAGGGAGGGAAGGCGGGAAAAACUUUAUUUUGUGUAACUCAGACAUCGGUGAAAUGGCUGCCGCCAUCACAAGCUAUGCAUUUUCUGUGUUUCCAGUGAGCCUGAUGUCUUGCUUGGAAAGUGGAUGUGCGUCUGUGUUUGUCAUGAAAACUUACCAGCAGAAAUCCUCAUUCCUUUGCUACAGAUUUACCAAAAAUUGUCAAGUCUUUUAAGUUAGGAGUUUCUUUAAAUGUAUAGUAUUUUAGAAAAAAAGAAUCAAUAAACAGUUGAUCUCAUGA